CUGACCUAUCACUCGACCGCCGAAUCGAAUCUCGACCUCGCUUUGGAGCUGACUGAUGCUUCAGCGAUCCGGUAUCAUCACGCUGUGACGCCAGAGCUCGUCUGCUACAUUGGCGACCAGCGUCUUGCCUCAUUCCUGGGCCUGCCCCUCAGAAGCCCCAGGAUGUUGAACCUAUCCAGCCUUGUGCAGAAGGCACAGCAGUUCAUCGACCCGACCCAGGGGCUGAACCUGACCAACUCCGACAAGAACCCGUCCAAGGCCUCGCUCUUCCAAAACCAGUUCCGCCUUCCCAGUACCCAGACGCCGCUCUACGAGAUCAAUGCCGAGCUUACCAUCCCACCCGCCAAUGCCACCUAUGGCGAGAAGGACCACGAUCGAGGCUACCACUAUGCCGGCAAGCUCCAUCUCUCCGAGGCCUACAUGUGCUUCUCCACAACACCAUCCAGCUUCGUCCAGUCCGCGAGCACCUCGACAAGCUCCGCCUUCACCGGCCAGACACACGGCGGAGGGCCAAGCGGAAAUGGAUUCACCUUCCCACUCUGCGCCAUCAGACGCGUUGAGCGGUUGAACAGUCAAACCUUCCAGUUUGCCUUGGCCAUUACGACCUGGAAUGGAAUCAAUCAGUCAAAGGACAAAGAUAAAGACCACGAUAAGGACUCGGCCGAUAAGGAGAAGAAGGAUAACAGGGAGCAGAGGAUCACGAUACACCUGGCCGGCACCCGUCAGGGCUGUGAGCGCUUUUGCGAUGGCUUGAAGAAGGGACUGAGGGCCGGCGUCGGCAACGUCACCAAAUACAAAAAAGUCACCAGCGAGUGUUACUCCGAAUACCUACUCCGAUCAGACGACAAGAAGAACGCGAGCCCACCCGACGCCGGCCUGGGUAUGCUUUUCCGCUACCCAGGAGACCCGAAGAAGCUCCGUGAUAGAGCCAAGAUGCGCCUUUGGGCCGAGUACCUGCGCGACAACGGCCGCAACAUGACCUUGAUUCGACAACCCACCUUUCAUAAGCUCAUCCGUGUUGGUCUGCCAAAUCGACUGAGAGGCGAGACUUGGGAGUUGACGUGCGGGUCCAUCUACCUCAGGCUCGAGAACCCCACGCUCUAUGCCGACACGCUGGCCAAGUACGCUGGACAGGAGUCUCUCGCUAUUGACGAGAUCGAAAAGGAUCUGAACCGAAGUUUGCCAGAGUACCCCGGUUUUCAGAGCGAGGAGGGCAUCGGUCGCCUGAGACGCGUGCUCACAGCCUACAGCUGGAUCAACCCUGAUGUUGGGUACUGCCAGGCCAUGAACAUCGUUGUCGCGGCCUUGCUCAUUUACAUGUCAGAGGCGCAAGCCUUCUUCCUGCUGUCGUCUCUUUGCGACAGACUGGUGCCGGGAUACUACUCGACCACCAUGUACGGCACUCUGUUGGACCAGAAGGUGUUUGAAUCACUUGUAGAGAAGACGAUGCCGAUCCUGUGGGAACACUUGGUCAAGAGCGACGUUCAGCUCUCAGUGGUGUCAUUACCGUGGUUCCUGUCACUUUACGUCAACUCCAUGCCGCUGGUCUUCGCCUUCCGAGUGCUGGAUGUCUUCUUCGUCGAAGGACCGAAAGUACUGUUCCAGAUAGGUCUGGCAAUCUUGAGGAUCAACGGCGAGGAGCUUCUGGAUGCCGCGGACGACGGCGCAUUCAUCUCCAUCCUCAAGACGUACUUCGCGCGCCUCGACGAGUCUGCGCACCCAAAGUCAGAGAACCCCAAGCUGCGUGCCGUCACCAAGUUCCAGGAGUUGAUGGUAGUAGCUUUCAAGGAGUUUUCUGGAAUCACUCACAGCAGUAUCACGGACUUGCGUCUCAAGAACAAGGACGCCGUUCUGAGCAACAUCGAAAGCUUCGCGAAGAGAACGGCCAUCCGGAAUUUGGGCCCUGACAGCAAACUGCUUGCUCCUGAGGAGUUGGGAGCGUUAUACGACCGCUUCUAUACCAUUCUAUACGAAAGACAACAGCGAGAUAGCAUCAUACAGCAAGAGAAGAUGCGCCGCGCGAAGAAUGCGCGACCCAGGGCGCGGGAUGCUUUCGAAGACAGCCCGGACCACGGAGUUGAAAAGGGUCGUGUUGCCCUGGGGCCCAGUACGAGCUUGAUGGAUUACGAUGCUUUCAGAGAGUUCCUCGCCAACAUGGCCAAGUGGGCCAUUUCAGAUGCCCCGACUACGCCUCGUCGAGAAACGUUUGCCGAGAGAGACAGGAACGCCUACACCAGCCGCCGACAACAGAAUGGACUUCUGUCUCCCUGGGGCGCUGGCCCGGAGCCUGCGGACCACGAGUUUAUGCAGCUUCUGUUCAAGAAAUGGGAUGUCACCGGCACUGGGGCACUGACUUUGAGCAAUGUCGUCGCCGGCUUCGCUAGUAUAAAGGGCAAGCGAGACAUUAUGGGCACCAUCACUUACUUCUUCGAGCUCUACGAUGACGAUGGUGACGGCAAGGUCGAUCGCGAGGGUAUCCUUCGAAUGUCGGAGGCUUUGUUGUUUUUGUCAAGACGAGGUCUUGAGGGAACCCUCAGCCCGAGCGCAUCCACCCUCACCCUGAACACACCCAACGGCAUGGCAAACAACAACGGCCCUGAGCCAGGUAUGCCUGGGAUCUCAACCAACGAGAGGUUUUUGGGCAGCGUCAGUGCAUUCAUAAGAAGGUGCUUCGAGUAUGCCGACCCCGACCAUCCGCAUAACCAGAACCGCAACAAGGAAGAGACAAGCAAGGCUGCCGACAACGACGGUGCUUUCGCCAUCGGCGACGAUGAGGACGAGGACGAGGAAGACCUCCUCGGUUUGGAGUCGCCUACAGGCAGCCCGUCAAAGGCCAAUAAACCUUUCGACGAUCCGACGCCACCUUCGGAGGACGAACCGACAGCCCCGGCUCAAUCUGAGCGGCGGGUGUCGAAAGCGCAGUCGGAGGCGGCAAAUGCUGCUUUGGAUCCCGCCAACCCUCUCCACAUUACACUGCCCACAUUCCGCAUGGUCGUUCUCGCCGACGAGCUUCUGGAGCAGUUCUUUGAGUCAUCCUUCCCGACAUCCUUCCAUCUCAUUGAGGGUCUACCCACGGUCUCGACACCAACGUCUACUCUGACGACCUUCUCCAGUCUCAACUUUGGCCGUGCACCUGUCGCCGCCUUGAACCCUGCCGCUCAGGGAGCCACGCGUGGUUUGCGUGGCGUCCUAGACAAUAUUGUCACGGAUGGCAUGCGCGUUGCCGCCGAGGUUCGCAGGAGAGUGGAGGAUGCGCAGAAGGAAUUGGAGAAGAACGCCGUGCCCGGUCAGAAGGAAGAAGAGGACGAGGAGGACGACGCGGACAUCGGCGUCGAGAUCGGCAUCAGAAAGGGCGCAGCCGGAGGAAGCGCGGACAUGGAGAGACGGAGUGUGCGGAGCGAAGACCGAGACCUCUUGGACGGGGCGGAUGCCUCGGCUGGUGCCAGCGGCAACGGCAAGGAAGGCCAGCUCGUGGACAUUGAACCCACCACCAGGAGUGAGGCAAAUGCCAAGGGGGUUGUUGAGUUUGAGGGCUGA